AUGGGACAGAAGAACAAUAUCACAGAAUUUGUCCUCCUGGGCCUCACUCAGGAUCCUGCUGGGCAAAAAGCACUGUUUGUUAUGUUCUUACUCAUGUACGUUGUGACAAUGGUGGGCAAUCUGCUCAUUGUGGUGACAGUUAUUGCUAGUCCCUCCUUGGACUCUCCAAUGUACUUCUUCCUUGCCUACCUGUCACUCAUGGAUGCUGUUUAUUCCACUUCCAUCUCUCCUAAGUUGCUUAGAGACUUACUCAGUGAUAAGAAGACCAUCUCCUUCACAGCUUGCAUGGGCCAGCUCUUUGUAGAGCACUUAUUUGGUGGUGCUGAGGUCUUUCUUCUGGUGGCCAUGGCCUAUGAUCGCUAUGUGGCCAUUUGUAAGCCACUGCACUACUUGACUAUCAUGACCAGACGGGUUUGUGUUAUCCUGCUGGUGGUUGCCUGGGUUGGAGGCUUUGCUCAUGCUCUGAUUCAAGUCCUGUCUGUGUACAACCUUCCUUUCUGUGGCCCCAAUGUCAUUGACCACUUUGGUUGUGAUAUGUUCCCACUAGUGGCACUUGUGUGCAUGGAUACCUACUUCAUUAUGGAUACCUACUUCAUUGGCCUCACUGUGAUUGCCAAUAAUGGACCCAUAUGUUUAGUGGUUUUUGUCCUUCUCCUAGUCUCAUAUGGAAUCAUUCUAAACUCUCUUAAGACACAUAGUCAGGAAGGGAGGCGCAAAGCCCUGUCUACCUGCAGCUCCCAUAUCAUGGUGGUGGUUCUCUUUUUUGUCCCUUGUAUUUUCAUGUAUGUUAGACCUGUUUCGAAUUUUCCCAUUGAUAAAUCCAUUAGUGUAUUUUAUACAGUUGUCACUCCUAUGUUGAAUCCUUUAAUAUAUACCUUGAGAAAUACAGAGAUGAAAAAUUCUAUGGAAAAGCUGUGGUGUAAAAUGUUUAGUACAGAGAGAAUAAGAAUUUGUUCUUUCUGA